AGCCGCCUCUCUCGCCUGGUGAGUGGGGGAGAGAAGCCGCAGAGCUUGGCAUCGCCAUCGUCCUCCUCCUCCUGCUGCUGUGAGUGUGCACAGAGACAUUCGGAGCCGAGAUGAAGGAUCGUACCCAGGAGCUUCGGGCUGCAAAGGACAGCGAUGAUGAUGAUGAAGUCAGCGUUAAUGUGGACAGAGACCACUUCAUGGAUGAGUUCUUUGAACAGGUUGAAGAAAUCCGGGGCUUCAUAGACAAGAUCUCUGAGAAUGUGGAAGAGGUUAAGCGAAAACACAGUGCAAUCCUUGCUGCGCCAAACCCGGAUGAAAAAACAAAGGAGGAAUUGGAAGAACUGAUGACGGAUAUUAAGAAGACAGCAAAUAAAGUUCGCUCCAAGUUAAAGAGUAUUGAACAAAGCAUAGAACAGGAGGAGGGUCAGAACAGAUCCUCAGCUGACUUAAGAAUACGUAAGACACAGCAUUCUACACUGUCCCGUAAAUUUGUAGAGGUGAUGUCUGAGUACAAUGGUACACAGACUGAUUACAGGGAGCGUUGCAAAGGACGAAUCCAGCGACAACUCGAAAUCACUGGCAGGACGACUACAAAUGAGGAGCUUGAAGACAUGCUGGAGAGCGGGAAUCCCGCUAUCUUCACAUCUGGGAUCAUAAUGGACUCGAAUAUAACAAAGCAGGCGCUGAAUGAGAUUGAGACACGACACCACGAGAUCAUCAAACUGGAAAACUGUAUCCGUGAGCUGCACGAUAUGUUCAUGGACAUGGCAAUGCUGGUAGAAAGCCAGGGUGAUGUGGUCAACAGCAUCGAGCAGAAUGUCACCAAUGCAGCGGAUUAUGUGGAGCAGGCAAAGGACAACACAAAAAAAGCAGUUAACUUUCAGGGUACAAGCAGACGGCACUCUUGUGGAAUGGAGAGACGGCAAGACAUCAUUACUGGGCAUUUCCAUUUUGUUUUGUCAAACAUCUAUCAUGAGGUGAUGUUCGUAGCCACCGAGAUCAUUACUCAGAUUUCAGUUCCACCCUCCAGUCCGGACUUUUUGUUUUGGCAUCUCUGUAAGCUGAAGAACAACAUCAGGACUCAUGCUGCUGUUUCUCCUCUAUUAUUUAUUGAUUAUUCUUCUUUGAGAAACGUUAUAAGAAUGAACGUCGCCUUAAUAGGCCAUGGUCUCAACAACUUACUGAUCGACUGAAUCCAGCUGACCUUCUACUGUAAUCAGGUUUUUUUAUCAUUUCUAAUCAAUCUCUUCCUUUGCUUCUCUCUUCUCUCCUCCUUUCUCCCCUCUGUUUUCCUCAUCCUCCCUCCCUUUUUUUCUCUUUCUCUCUCUCUCCCCAUCUCUCUCCAUUCCCUCUUAGAUUUAUCCCCUGAGUGUGUAAAAUCCACACAAUUUCAGUUAGAUACUUACCCCAAUGCAAAGAUAAAAUGAACACUAAUACAGAUCAACGUGACUAACCUGUAAAGAAGCUCCACUGAUCUGAAUAAUACAAACUGAGCUUCCAUUCCUACUGUUAUCCACCUUCAAACGGAAACAAAGCAGGGUUAACAAAUGCUACGUGGAAGAACAGGGAAGUGCAGUUAGAACAGAUACCUCCACAUGAAGGCUUACAAACACAUUGGGACAUUUGAUCUCCCCUUUUUUAAUAUUUUACAUUCCUAGAAAGACAAAAGGGUAAACCUGUAACUAGAGUCAUAGAGGCUACAGCAUUUUGGCCCAAUUUGCCCAUGCUGCCCAGCUUUCAAGUUAAAGUAGCCCCAUUUGCCUGAGUUUGACCCAUACCCUCCAUAACAAUCCCAUCCAUGAACCUGCAUAAAUCUUUUUUAAAUGAGAAAAAUGUACUCACUUCCACCAAUACCUCUGGCAGCCUGUUCAGGCCAUUCGCCACCCUCUGUGUAGGAAAAAAAAAAUUCCCCCUUUUGGACCUUUUUGUAUCUCUCCCCUCUCUCUUUAAACCUAUUCCCUCUAGUUUUAGACUCCCCUACCAAGGGAAAAAGCUUUUGGCUAUCCCCCUUAUCUGUGUCUCUUGCAAUUUUAUAGAUUUCUAUAAGGUCACCCCUUAAUCUCUUAUGCUCCAGGGAAAAUAUCCCAGCCUAUCCAACUUUUCCUGAUCCUGCAAACCUCCCAGUCCAUGUAUGUAAUCCCUAUAGUGUGGAAGCAGGCCUUUCAGCCUGUUGAGUCCACACCAACCCUCUGAAGAGCAGCCCACUCAGCCUAUCCCUGUAAACCUGCAUUUACCAUUGCCAAUCCGCCUGAUCUGCAGAUUUUGGAUUGUGGGAGGAAACUGGACUACCCUGGGGAAACCUACACAAACACAAGGAGAACAUGCAAACUCCACAUGGACAGUUGCCCAAGGUUAGAAUUGAACCCAUGUCCCUGGUGCUGUGAGGCAGCAGUACUAACCACUGUGUGACAUCCUGGUAAAUCUUUUCUGCACUCUUUCUAGUUUAAUAUCCUUUCUAUAUUAAGGUGAUCAGAAUUGCAUGCAGUAGUCCAAGUGUGACCUCACCAACAUCUUUUACAGCUGCGACAGGAGGUCCCAACUCCUCUACGUAGUACUCUGACUGAUGAAAACAAGCAUGCCAAAAGCUUUUUUCACUAGCAUAUCUACCUGUCACUCCAAUUUCAAGGAGAUAUGAAUGUUUACUCCUAGAUCUCUUUGUUUCAAAACAUUCCCCUGGGCCCUGACAUUGACUGUGUAACUCCAACCCUGGUUUGCCCCUCCAAAAAACAUCUUACGUUUAUCUGAAUUAAGCUCUAUCUGCCAUUCCUCAGCCCAGUUGGCACAGUUGAUGAAGAUCUUGCUACAUUCUCAGAUAACUUACCUUGCUGUCCACUAUACCACCAAGGUUGGUGUCAUCCAUUAAGUCACUAACCAUACCUCCUACAUUCUCAGAACAAAAUAAUUCAGAAUGAAAAAUAUGUUUAACAACAAGAACAAAUACAAAUACACAGUAGGAGUAUGUGCAGGAAAAGUGCAACACAUGUGGAUCCAGAUACACAUGACUAUGCAAACAUGGUUACAUAGGUAGAAUUUAUGGAACAUAAAGCUGUUCUGUUAACUGCACCUGCAUUUAAAAGGAAGUUCCCCUGACCUUUUGCAAUGAUUUUUUAAAGUUAUGAGCCCAUGUUAUAAGUCUAACAACCAGUGAGUUUACAUAUUCCUUACUUGCCAAAUCAAGCCUCCAUUAGACUCCCCGUAAUUUUCAAGGCAGUAACUAAAAAUUGCUCACUUUCUUCAGUUUCUCCUCAAAACUGAAAUAUCUUGUUGCUCGAAUAAUCCGUUUUGCCUUUGAAAUGUUCCUAAAAUACAACAGCAGAAAGCAUUUUUUGGUUAGCACAAUAGGAUGGCACUCACUCAUGACUUUGAAGAAAGUUGCCCAGAAUAAUUUAGUGUGUUCUGCAGUGUCAAUUUCCCCUAAUCUGAUGCAGCUUUCAACUUGACAUCAAUAGAGAAUUUGUUGUUUCCUCGGUCCUUGAAGUCAGCAAAGAGGCUGAAAAGCCAUUUAGGUUGAGAAUUCUGACUGACAACAAGAUGAGGAAAUUAAAAGUCACAAAUUAUAUUUCAGCUUUCAUUGACAGCAAAAUAAAGAUGGGAACAUUCACAUACAAUUAAAGUUAAACCUGGAAUAUCAACUUUAAUAAAAAGAAAAUAAAUUAUUUUAAAAAUCUAUUGGUUUUCUUUUAAAUAAAGGAAAUGGAACUUGUGAAAUUAGCUUUUCACUACCAGAGAGCUUAUUCAGGAGUAGAUAUGCUUAAAAGUGCCAAUUAAAAUCUUGGUUUACACCUCAUUUGACAUUGUCAGUUUCAAUGAAUUUACAAUUGAAACAGUUCAUUGGUAGUUGAAGUUUACACCAACACACUCAUUUUGUGGUGAAUGCAUUUGUGAUGACUGCAGCAGCACGCCCUGUGUAGCUUUUAAUCUUUAACUGUGUGUCUGUAGCUCACCAAAAAUUGCUGUCAGUUUUAAACAUUGACUACCACUGCUGGUAGUUUUGUCAUCAUUGCAACCUUAAACACUUCCUUGGUACUACUCAAUUUCCAUCAUUAAAACUCUGGGCUUGGCUAUAGGGUGCAAUAUCAAAAUUACCAAGGCAACUGAGUGAUUUCAAUUGGAUGUAGACAGGAUAAUAGAUUGGGAAGAUAGAUAUCAGCUAAAGUUAAUGUGGAUAAAUGUUAAGUGAUUCAGUUUUUGAAGUAAGAAUAGAGGACAAAAGGACUCUAUGUUGAGUAGAGCAAUGGAUGGAAUUCACAUGUAGAAAUCUUUAAAAUUGAAAGGAACAAUUGACAAGACUGUAAAAGAAAAUCUUUCUAAAUUUGGUGCAAGAAUAAAAGAGGUAAUGCUAAAUUGAUGCAAUUCAUUAGCCAGGUAGGAGAUGGAAUAAUGGGUGUAGUGAAGUCUAGGAGAUACAGAUUCUCUCACCAAUUCCACCUUAUCUAAAGACGUUGAGUUGCAUGAGUACUUCACAAGAAAAUAGAAGCAGGGGGAGAAGGCCAUUCAGUCUUUCAAGCCUGCCCCACUAUUCAACACGAUGAUGCCUAAUCUGCACCAGGCUUCAACUCCUCUUUCAUGCCACCUCCUCAUUGCUGUCAACUCUUUGAUAUUUCAGAAAUGCACCUACAUCCUCUUUAAACGCUUGCGGUGAUCUAGCCUCCAUGACUCUGGGUUAGACAGUUUCAGAUAUUCAGUACCCUCUUAAAGAAGAGGGUUUCGUUGUGAUCAUCUUUUCUAACUGCGUUACUGUUUGUUCCUUAAUAAUGGACUCCAACAAGUUUUCCAAUGACAGGUAUGAAAAUCUUGGUAGAUAUUUUCAACCCCUCCAAAUACAGCACCCUGAGGAGAAUUAUAGAGCCCCCUACCAUAAUGCUGACCUUUAUGACCUAACACUAACCCAGGCAAUGCAUUUACUGACCCAUAACCAACCAAAUGAAGAGUUACUUUUACACAGCAAAAUAUGGCUAUAAUGGGUAAGGCCUGUAAUUUUAUUCAUUGUGUGCCAUAACAGCGGGGAUUGGAAUAAUUGUUCUGUUUUGCAAUUGGAUAUAUACCGCAUUGUUACAGAAUUAGCAUGCAUUGAAUUAGUUUAAUGAGGCUAUUAACAUAGUAUUGUACUUAAGCGGUAAGAGUAAACUCAUUUUAGAAACAAAAACAAUACUAUUACUCUUUAAAUCAUUGCUACACGAACAAGGAACCCUUUAAGUGUUGGAACCCCUUUUCCCAUCUCCACCAGUAACAGAGAUGUCACUGACCACAUUGAACCACUGGGAUGAAUUUCUAUUCCAAAAUGGACAGAAUGGCCCUGGUCACAUUGCCUCUCCCCAUACAGCUUUCUGCCACUGAAGAAUACCACCCACAUUCUGUUCCCAAUCCCAGACAAAAAAAAAAGUGGGCAGCAGUCCCUCUCCAUGGUAAACCCAGUGAGAUGCGGGAUUUGGGAGAAGUCUUUGGUCAGGUCAGAAGGUAAACGAGGUGAAUUAAUAUAUACAUAUACAGGGUAGUUGGGCAGGUGCUGUGAUGUCAGGCAAAGAGGGUGUGAUGGGGUCUUUUCAGGUGAUCGAGAGGGAACUGGUCAGGUGAUCUGGGGUAGUCCUUGAUCAGACCGAGGACCAGUAGAAUUGCAUUGGGGGGUUUAAUUGGGUCUGGUCGGGUGAGAUGUUGGGUGUUUGGGUAGGGAUGAUGCUGCUUGGAGCUAGUUGAUGGUCAGUGCGAGGCAGUUAGGUGAGGUCAUUGGGAGGGGCUAAUCAGGAGGUAUAGGGUGGUCUGAAGGUAGCUAGUGGGUUGUCAUGGUGAGUAAUUGAGCACAGCUGGGGAAGUAAUCGAGUGGUGGGACUGUAGUCAGAUAUGCGAUAAGUUGGAAGAAUAUUUUGGUGUUGAGGGGUAGUUAAUUGGCCCAGGUGUACAUCAGAUUAAGGCUAGUUGGGUCAGGUCAGGAUAUUGCAAGUGGUCCAGGGAUAAUCAGGAUGUGAUUUAAGAGAUCAAAUGUGGGGCUAAUUUGAGCUAUUUUGGCUAGCUAUUGAAUUAGGUAAGGCAUUAAACUGACUAACAUUUCUUAUUGAACUCAGAGUUGGAGACGUUUGUGGGUAUCCCAAGCAGCAGAUGUCGGUCCAUUGGAAGUUUAAACUUGCUGGGCAUUUUCCCCACGUCUGUGUGUCAGGACAUCCACAAGGUCGUACAACUCCCUCUGUACAUCCCAUCUCCAAUUAUCUCGAGACUGGACAAUUUAUGUCAUUGAGUUCCAUUGCUAUUGAAUGUGUAGAAUAGUCUGCCAAUGCAAUACCAGUCAUUGUGCACCUGUGCCCAAGAUGAAUCUCUGGAUCAGUGUUCCAUUUGACUGAAAAUCCACACCUCUGCCCAUUACGUGUGGAUAAUGUGAUCAUUCUGCAGAUGAAUUCUCCCUUCUUUAUCUUAUUCUGUUUUUUUUUGCAUCUUCAUUACAACUGUCACUUUAUCUCCAUCCACUUAUGAAGAACUCGCUCACUGUUUUUCCUUGAUUGUAUAUUUUAUCGCUGCUUUGCUAUUGUUUGACUGAAUGUAAUAUUUCGAAAACAUUUUUCAUGCAACUCAUUACAGCACAUGCAGGUGGUGAACAGUCACACACUCUUGAGGGAAACAGUUGAAUAUUUCUUAUAGACCAGUACUAAACUCCACAGCAACAACUCUGUAGGCAUCAAGGAUAAAGGGAGAUCAGGUUUGAAAGGUGGGCCACAAUUUUAGGGGUAAAGUGGGCAAAAUGAAUAUUGUUUUUCACGAUACCAUGUAGUGCCUGAUGAUAAGGGUCAUAUUGAAGAAGAGCAACACACAAUCACACCCAACACACUCAUACCACACAAUGCACACACAGCAAAUAAAACAUGCACAAUACAUACCUCUUGAGUAGUAGUAUGAUAAGAUACUAAUGAUGCAAAAUUGAGCUCAGCUAGGCCAUGAAUGCCAGCAUCCAAAUUUUCAAACUAACUUUGUUUCUCAAAUCUAUAAAAUAUUCAGGCCUAGCCAGUAUAUCAGUCAGCAACCAGUUAAUAAAAUCAAAGCUUUACAAAAACAAUGCAUUGAGUUCUAAACUGUAAAGGUACAAACUGGACAAACUCUUUGCUUUGCCCUUUAUUUCAUGUAAGUGUUAAUAUGAAGAGUUUGUAAAGAGUGGGAUUUUCAUGUCAGAUGUUCAUUAAGGCGAGACAUUCUAGCAUAGGGUGCAGAAGGGGGAAGGGUCUUUGAAGUGAGUCAGUUUCUACUGGAAGCGGUUGGGUAAUGGGCAGAGGGUUCUACAAUGUAUAUGGCAUUUGGAAUAUGAUAGUUUGACAUUUGUGGUGGGUUGGUAACAUGAUGCUUUUAAUGAGAGGCUGUGCAGUAGGGGUGAUUUGUAACAGAGGGGUAUUUAUGUUGUGAGAUGAAUUUGUAACAUUGGGAGGUUGUUAAUGUUGGAGGUGUUUGUAAUGUGUUUGAAAGUGUUGGUACAUUUCAUAAAGCCAGUUUAUUAAUGUAAAGGGAAGAUUUUAAUCUUUGUUCAUCUUCCAUUCUGUAAAGAUCCUGUUCAUUAAUUGUAAAAUAAAAUCAC